AUGAGAAUGCAAGAAAAGCUGAGAAGGUUCCAUGUGAGGUUCUCUCUGUUGAUGGUGUAAUUGACUUUCCAUUAGUUUAAUGUAUUAAUUAAACAAAUCACACUGUACAGUCGAGAAUAACCUUUCAUAUGCUAACAUAUAACAUCACAUGUAUAAUUUUCUUUUCUUUAGAAGAAAAAAGAAAGUAUUAGCUUUCACACCAGGCCGCUUAUAUAUCAUAACAAACGCCUCAACUCUUCUAAGUCUUUUCUUCUUCAUUUCUUCUCUUUCUAUCAACUUUUGUUAAUCAGUGUCCAAAGAAACCAUGUUUGAAUACGGUUCCACACUGGACUUGAUUCGGUAUGUUGUUUCAAACUCUCUAUUCAUCUUCUGUUUUUGCAACUUGAUCAUAGUGAUCAUCCUUAUGGGCUCAAAUAAAACUAGAGGAGAAAGAGAGAGGUGCUCCAAAUCAGUGGUCAAGAAACAAGGUAGAAAUGGAAAUGAAAGAAGGUACAAGGAGAGCAAGACUAGUGUGGGAAUCAGUGAAGGGAUGAUAUAUGCUCAGAAAGAAGAGGAUGAAAACGACAGAACCAAUGAUGGGGAAAACGACAAAAAGGAAAAAGGAAAAAGUAAGGAUGAGGAUGAACUGAGGAAAAGAGUGGAAGAGUUCAUUAAAAAAGUGAACAAAGAAUGGAAGACAGAGAUGUUGAGAACAUGAUCAUGUGUAUAGUCCAAGGGUAGGGUGGGUCAUACGAGACUUAAAUGAGCCUUUCAACAUGUAAUCUAGGAAAAAUGUUUUUCCUUUUUUAGCUUUUUGAUUUUUCUCUAACAGAAAUGUCAGAGUACUCAGAAGGAAUGGGUUAAUUAAUGUCUCCAGAAUAUCUGGACUCUGGACCAUGUAAACUCCCCACUUGUUAAGUUAAUGGGAUUGCUUUUGCUAUUGUUUGUAAUCAAAUGAUAUCAGUUUUGACUUGAA